AUGCAGAGCUCGCAAUGGUUGCAGCCAUUAGUGCUUUUCGUGAUGACGCUGCUUCUCGCAACCGGGCUUAAACGCGUAGACGCCGCCACAGGCGUCGGCAUAAAGAAAACCACGUGGGAACCGCUAUGUCAAGUAAGCGAAGAAUUAGACGGCAUAGAAGGUCACGUUCUACAAGAAGCGACGGAGAUGAUCGCAGCCACAAUAGACUUCGACGCGGCAGCGAAGCGGGCAAGGAUUUUCAGCCUAAAAAACCCCAAGCACAAAUGGACAAAAGCGGCUAUCACCAUAGCAGCAGCCUACGAAGCCAAAGCAGCCACAGCAGUUAGGCAACUAAAAGACACCUAUAUAAAACAACAAGUAGAAGCCGCCAGUCGGAGCGCUUACGUAAAGGGUCUGGUCGACGAUUUCCUUAAGCUACUGGAGCAAACGGUCGACGGGAGCAACAACGCGUGCCUACUGGCAGAUGAAAACGCAGACACGCCAGUGACACGCAGCGCUACGACAAAACUCGGCCAAACAGAGUGCAAGCUAACACAAAGCCCAAUCACCGCAACGCGACGGACACCGACCCACAUAACAACCGCAGGAUACAUAAACUUAGUCGAAGGGACCGGCGGCAACAAGCACCAACCAACAGCGGCGACCAAAGAAUGCCACCUAACAACGGCGCACAACAGCAAGGGUUUCGCCAAGAGCGGGGGAACAGAUGCAGCGGUGACGGUGAUGGCUGGGUACCUGACGAUUCCCAACACGGCGGGGGAACUGGCAACGGCAAACAAGGCAAACCUAAUCAAAACGACCAGCGACGGCUUAAAGCACUGGGCGGAGGCACAUGCAGCCAUAAAGUUGGUCGACCGGACGCUGCCCACAGAGUACGCCAACGAAAGCGGCGACCUCACAGAACGAGCGGCACUGAAGGAAGCCGCGCAAAAUUUGUUCGGCGAAGCAAAAGACCACCAAGGCAGCGAUGAAAAGAAAGCAAUAGAAACCGUUUUCUCCAAUACAAAUGUGGAUACCAUCAACACAAUUAUAACAUUAAUUGAAAAAGAGGAUAUUCCAAAAGGUGCAGCGAUGCGACAAACUCCUACAAAACUCGAGGACAUCAAAAACAGCAUCGAAUUAACCAACUUGUUGAGCUACUACCAGCAACGUUUAUCCCAAGACUUCGCAACGCUUGAUAAAAGGCUAGAAGAGUCUACCAAACACCAAGAUCUAAAGGCAACAGAAAAAAUUUGCGGUGAAGCAAAAGAUGAUGAAGAUAAAUGUAAAGGCCUAAAGGAUAAGGGGUGCAGUUUUAAUACUGACACCAAAAAGUGUGAGUUGAAAAAGGAGGUGAAAGAAAAACUAGAAAAAUCAAACCAAGAAACAGAAGGGAAUGAUGGGAAAACAACAAACACUACGGGAAGCAAUUCUAUUUUCAUUCAUAAAAGCCCUCUUUUGCUUGUAGUUUUGCUUCUAAAAUAA